GGAAUGUUUCAUAUCCUUUUAAAGCUCAAUUAUGAGAAGAUCUGAGUAAUCAAAAGCAGCUCAUAUUGACAAUUUCAAUAAUGUCUACAAAUUCUGAUACGGCUCAUGUCCCGAAAUUAUCUGCCAUGUCCAAUACGAGGUAUUCAAUCACUCUCACCUGGAAAAGCUGUCUCGAUGAUAAAAGUGUUUACAAGUUGCAGCUGAAGGAUAGACUGUGGGGUUGGAUCACGAAAUACUGGGGUUUCAAAACUCAAGCGAAAGUAGACAAUCUGGGGCCUGAAGAAUGUUAUUACUUCAGGGUAGGAGUGUCAAAGUUCAAACAAAAUGAAUAUUCAUGGAGUGAAGUUAUACCAGCUAUAACGAAAGAUGAUCACACGUCAGUCAUCAAUCUCCAUCGAGCCGUCCAGUAUGGCAACAUCAACGUCGCUAAAAAGUUUUUAGCAAAUAGACCGAACGCAAUCGACAACUACGAUCGCAAGGGGAAGAGCGCCCUGGUGAAGGCAGCGAUGAAGGGGGACACUCAGCUGAUGGGUGUGCUGGUGGCUGCAGGUGCGUCAGUCGACCUGGCCAGUCGGCACUCACAAGUGACCGCACUGAUGGAGGCCGCGUGGCGAGGCCAGCUCGACUGCGCACGGCUACUUGUGGACAGUGGCGCCCACUGGAAUGCAACUGACAAUCAUGGAUGUUCUGCUGUUCACUAUGCGGUUGACAACUCCCAAAUAAAUAUUCUGAAAAUGGCAAUAGAGAUGGGAGCUGACAUCAAUUUGAAAGAUGCCAAUGGAUGGAGUCCACUCAUGAGAGGAGUGCUUCUAAAUUCUAAAACUGAAGUUCUAGAAGAACUUCUGAAGAAUGGAGCUGAUGUCAAUGCAACUGAUAAACGUGGUCAGUCUGCUCUCAUGCAGGCUAUUCUGGCACUGAACACUGAUGGUGUAAGAAUGUUGUUGAAAUCAGGGGCAAGUACUGGGCUUUCAAAUAUGUACAACAACACUGCAAUCGAUAUGGCUGGUCUGCUUCAAGACAAGGAAUUGGAGACAAUAUUAAAGACUCGACAAGAACAACAGAUUCCGGUGUUGAUGUGUUGAAGAGUGACAGAGUGACGGUGACAGUAGUAGUCCGAUAACAGACAGAUAAGUAGACAGUAGUCC